AUGAAAAUUAAAAAGCUGUUGGCCGCCCCCGACGCGGCUGAGGUGUACGUACACUUGAAGAAGAGAGGCAAGCUGCUUCCUUCUCGCUGCUUCCUUCUUAAUCUGGGCAGCAGCAGCUGCAGCAGCAGCAGCAGCAACAGCAACGCCAGCAACAGCGGCAGGAGCAGCAGCAAGCAGCAGCAAACACACAACCAACAGCUGCUGAAGCAGCAAAUGCAACAACAGCAGUUGCUGCUGCAGCAGCAACUGCAACACCACCAACAGUGGCAGUUGCAGCAGCAACAGUUGCAGCAGCAGCAGCAACGGCAGUUGCAGCAACGGCAGUUGCAGCAACAGUUGCAGCAGCAACAGUUGCAGCAGCAACAGUUGCAGCAACAACAGCAGCGGGAGCAGUUGCUGCUGCUGAGGUUCAACCGCCGCCAGUGCUCUGGGGGCUAUCCUUUGAAGAUAAAGUUAGCUGAAGAUGCUGCUGCUGCUGCUGCUGUCAAAGAGGAGACGCAGCUGCAGCGGCAGCUGCUGCUGUCGCUGCUGCAGAAGCUGGACUGGGGGGCCUUGAGGCAAACUGCAGCAGAGCUUGGCAUCGACCUCCCGCCCACUGUCUCCGAGAGCGACAAAAACGACGACAAUUUCUUGAGAGCUUUUCAGUCUGCAGUUCUGGACCUGGACAUCAUGGAAGGCACCCUGGUCUGCCCCUGCUGCCAAAGAGAAUAUCCCGUCUCUAAAGGCAUUCCAAAUAUGCUGCUGCAGGACGAUGAAGUAUAA